ACUACUACUGUAUGAAUGCAUUACUAUUACAAUGUAUUAACGGACCACUCAUUACAAUAAUAUUAAUUUAAUUGUCGACACUAUUAGUGGUAAACAAAACAAUUGUCAGACAAAUGAAUGUGUGAUUAGUUUAUUGUUUGUAUGUAUUAUCCCAUCAAUUGAUUCACUGUUUCUCUGACCGAAAGACAGAGAGAGAGAGAGAGAGGACAACCAUUUGAUUGAAGAUACAGUCAGUCAUUCACUCACUCAACUCAUUACAUGUCUAACAACACACAGACAGUAGACAACCAAUGAGUAUAUGUGUGACAAUCAAUACAUCCAACACUUGUCAUUCACACCAACGACAACAACAAUAACACCAAUAGUUUGGACACAAUUAUCAGUAAAACCCUCCCCUUCCCGAGACUACAGUUUUUCCCCGAUUACCCAAUUUUUCCGACCCGAACGACAUGAACGACAAUGACAAUAAUCAUAAGCGCCCAUUGGAUGAUGAAUUAGAUGGUGUAGUAGUGGCUGAAGUUAAAGCUGAAGAAAUGGAUGCAAAUAAUCAUCAAAAUAAUAACAACAACAACAACAUCGAAGACGGUGAUCAGCCGCCGAAAAUAGUAGCCGUUCACCAACCGGACGGACUGCAACCGCCGCCGAUCAAGAGAGUCCGUACCAGUGAAGAGUUGGACAUUAGAUUUUUGGUGUCCAGUAAGGAGGCCGGUGCCAUCAUUGGCAAAGGAGGGGCUAAUAUAAACCAUUUAAGAAAACACUAUAAGUCAAGCGUUACUGUGCCCGACUGUCCCGGCCCUGAACGGGUCCUAUCCAUUGUUGCCACACUUGAAACGCUCGGAGAUAUACUGACUGAAGUUAUUGGAUUUAUAGAUGACCGUUCCGCUACUAACCCGGAGCAUGAAGUCGAGAUAAGGCUAUUGAUUCAUACAUCACAUGCCGGAGGCAUCAUUGGUAAGGGAGGCGCCAGGAUUAAGGAUCUCAGAGAUCAAACAAAAGCGGCAAUCAAAGUGUUUUCCCAAUGCUGUCCGCUAUCAACUGAGCGUAUUUGCGCCAUUCAGGGCCCGCCAACCAUUGUUAUCAAUGCAAUCAAAAUUGUUUUGGAAAUAAUACUGGCCUCACCAAUCAAGGGACCCGUCAAACUAUACGAUCCACACAAUUUUGACAUUUAUUUUGCGCCCGAAUAUGGCGGCUAUACUGAACCCGUCCCCAAUAAUUUUCGCUCUCGCGGACCAAAUAUGCCAUACGGUCGAGGAGGCGGUGGUCGUGGCCGAGGGGGUGGUGGCAGGAGAGGAGAUGGUGUUCCCUGGCAUCAGGAUGCGCCUCCGAUGCCAAUGCCACCCGAGCCAUGGGUUGGCCAAAUGCCUUAUAACAGACCAGCGGCCGAUCGACGUCCUCACAAUCCAAUGUAUUCGCGAAACUGGUCACCACAGAAUCCUCGACUACCUGUAUCGCAACCGCUCUCACCCGUAGAUCAGCCCUACUGGUCUGACGUGAUUCCCAACGAUAACAUUACAACAGGCGCACCAAUACAUUCGCCAAAUCUAUGGUCAGACGGUUACGGCGCCGGCAAUGACGAAUCGAGUUUCACUUCGGGCGAUCAAAAUAUCAUUGAAAAUAUUGAUGGCUCGGCCACCGCUACCAUCAGUGUUCCCAACAAUGUGGCCGGUGCUAUCAUUGGAAAGGGAGGUAACAGAAUACGGAUUGUUAGGCGAGAUUCCGGUGCAGAAAUAUCGAUCGAUAGUGCCGUUGGCACCGGAAAUGAGCGCAAGAUUACUGUUAAAGGCAACGCAGAUCAGGUGCGAGUGGCCUGUUCUAUGAUACACAAGAGUAUCUCCGAAAACUCAACAACGCGUCGCUAUUAAACACAAACACACGUGUUGUCUGUCUGUGUGUUUAUAUGUCUGGUAUACCUAACAAUUGUUUUUUUAAAAAAAUUACUUUAUUAUCGCCUAUACGACGACGACACGUCUAAUAUAUCUAUCUAUAUAUCAAUAUAUUAUAUGAUAUUUUAAUAUUUC